CACCGCUGUCACCGCGUCAGGCUGGCGGAUCUCAGGCUCGUGCUGGUCCUGUGAGUGUGUGCACUGGUGUCUGUGCUCUGGUUGGUCCAGGACAGAUGAAGCAUGUGUUUGAGUCGGACGCUUGCGGGAUGAAACCCUGACCGGAUAUCAGCCGUCGAUCUCUAAUGAUGCAGAGCGACGACCGCAAGAGAAAGAAACCGAGUUUGAACCCCAGAAGCGCAUCGGACGAGUACAGUCUGCGUGAGCGACCGAAAGACGACGCCACCAAGAUGAAGAAUAAAGUUUCCACUUCACAAGCAGUGAGUGGUAAGAAGAAGCCGUGGUCCUGGGAUCAGUAUCUGGAGGACGAGAGAGCAGAAGCAGCGCCUCAGGAGCUCUUCACUGAGAUCCAGGCGUUCCCGAACUGCAGGAACGGAUUUAAGGUCGGGAUGAGGCUGGAAGGGAUCGACCCGCUGCAUCCGUCCAUGUUCUGUGUGCUGUCAGUGGCCGAGGUGAUUGGCUUCCGCCUGCAUCUCCGUAUCGACGGGUACUCGGAGUGCUAUGACUUCUGGGUAAACGCCGACUCUCCUGACAUCAAGCCGGCCGGAUGGUGCGAGUCCACGGGACGCAAACUUCAUCCACCCAAAGGUUACAAGCUGAACGAGUUUGACUGGGAGAAAUACCUGGAGGCCUGCAACGCUCCAGCGGCACCAAAGACCCUCUUCAGAUCCCAGACCAGCACUGCGAGCGCCUCCGUGUUUGAGGUGGGCAUGAAGCUGGAGGCGGUGGACCGGAAGAACCCGUGUCUGGUGUGUGUGGCCAGCGUCGCCGACAUCGUGGACAACAGAUUCCUCGUUCACUUUGACAACUGGGACGACACGUACGACUACUGGUGUGACGCGAGCAGUCCUCACAUUCACCCGGUGGGCUGGUGUCAGGAUCACGGCCGCCCGCUCACGGCACCUCAGGGACACCCCAAUCCAGAGCAUUUCACCUGGGACGAUUACAUGGAAGACACCAGCGCAUCUGCCGCCCCGAGUCAAGCCUUUUGUGUGAGGCCGGCUCACGGGUUCCAGCCGCUCAUGAAGCUGGAGUGUGUGGACAGGAGAAACCCGAUGCUGAUCCGCGUCGCCACCGUCACCGACACCGAAGACUACAGAGUCAAAGUGCAUUUCGACGGCUGGCAUGAGAAGUUUGAUUUCUGGGUGGAUUCAGAUCUGCCGGAUCUUCAUCCGAUGGGCUGGUGCUCCAGGACGGGUCACCCGCUAGAACCACCACUCGCACACGCAGGGCUCUCAGACGUGAAGAGCUCGGUGACGCAGGGUGUGUGUCCGACUCCGGGCUGCAGGGGCAUCGGACACAUCAAAGGAGCAAAAUACACCGGACACCACAGUGCCUUCGGUUGCCCGUAUUCUGACAUGAACAUGAAGAAAGAGGUGGUUCUCCCCGACCGGCUCGGAGGAGAGAAGCAGAUCACCUUCGUCCCUGUGCACUUUGUGCAGAAAACCAAACGCCUGUGUCCAGAUGAAGAAGAAGAAGAAGAAGAAGAAGAGGAGGAGGAGGAUGGGAAGGUGGAGAACAGGGUGAUGAUGGCGUAUGACGUGGACGCUCCUCGUCUGCGAGGUCGCCCUGCGCUGGUGAAGCGAGAGCUGAAGGAAGAGCCGGUGACUCUCGGGAAGAGAGGGCGUUUGCCCAACAGAAUCUCUCAGUCAGCGAAGUUUCUGCGCAUUAAAGACGAGGACGACGACAUCGACGUAAACAGCGUCAUUUCAGAGCGUAACAUGGACGGUCUCCAGCAGGCGCUCCAUCAGUCCGUGUUUCUGUCCGCCAUGUCGGCUCACCCGAGUCGAGACCUGCCGCUGUGCUGGGAUCAGCACUGCAAACUGCUGCCCGGGGUGGCCGGCGUCCAGGCCAGCCUCGUCACACACUGGACCGUAGAGGAGGUGGCUGAUUUCAUCCAUUCUUUACCCGGCUGUGAGGAACAGGCCAAGCAGUUCAGAGAGGAGCAAAUCGACGGGAAGGCCUUUCUCCUGUUGACGCAGAGAGAUAUCGUUAAGAUAAUGAGCGUGAAGCUCGGCCCCGCCCUCAAGAUCUACAACUCCAUCCUGAUGUUCCGACACGCUGAGGACGACCAAUCAGCAGCCGGCGACAGCAACACAUGAUGCCCGAGCGACCAAUCACAGCCCAGUUCCCUGCCCCUGCGAGUCUGUGUGUGAAACAGAUAUUAAUCUGCUGUCUCGAUGCAUUCCUACACCUCUCGUGCCCCGAACGCCCUCCGUUAGUGCUUUCACCCGUACGAAUCAGGUUUCUGUCUCCACGACCCGGUUCUGCCUUCAAACACACACGUGUGCGAACUCCU